AUGGCGGGUCUGACGGCGGCGGCCCCGAGGCCCGGAGUCCUGCUGCUCUUGCUGGCCCUCCUCCACCCCGCGCAGCCCGGAGGGGUCCCAGGGGCUGUUCCUGGUGGAGUUCCUGGAGGAGUCUAUUAUCCAGGGGCUGGUCUUGGAGGCCUGGGAGGAGGAGCUCUGGGGCCCGGAGGCAAACCACCCAAACCAGGUCCUGGAGGGCUUGCGGGCGCUGGCCCCGGGGCAGGGCUGGGAGCCUUCCCUGCGGGUGCCUUCCCGGGGGGCGUGGUGCCAGGUGGAGCUGCUGGAGCUGCUGCAGCCUAUAAGGCUGCCAAGGCUGGUGCUGGGCUCGGAGGCGUCGGCGGAGUUGGUGGGGUUGGAGUGUCCACAGGUGCCGUGGUCCCUCAGGUUGGAGCUGGAGUCGGUGUCGGAGCUGGAGCGAAGCCAGGGAAAGUGCCCGGUGUGGGGCUCCCAGGUGUAUACCCAGGUGGCGUGCUCCCCGGAGCUCGGUUCCCUGGAGUAGGGGUGCUCCCUGGGGUGCCCACCGGAGCAGGAGUCAAGGCCAAGGCCCCAGGUGGAGGCGGAGCUUUUGCAGGAAUCCCAGGGGUCGGGCCCUUUGGGGGCCAGCAGCCUGGGGUCCCACUGGGAUACCCCAUCAAGGCACCCAAGCUCCCAGGUGGCUACGGACUGCCCUACGCCAAUGGGAAAGCACCCUUCAGCUACGGACCCGGAGGAGUGGCUGGUGCCGCAGGCAAGGCCGGCUACCCAACGGGGACAGGAGUGGGCCCCCAGGCGGCCGCAGCGGCAGCAGCUAAGGCAGCGAAGUAUGGUGCUGGAGGAGCUGGCGUCAUCCCUGGUGUUGGAGGUGGUGGCAUUCCUGGCGGGGCUGGUGCGAUUCCUGGGAUUGGAGGCAUUGCAGGGGCCGGGACUCCUGCGGCUGCUGCUGCUGCUGCAAAGGCAGCCGCCAAGGCUGCGAAGUACGGAGCUGCUGGGGGCUUAGUGCCUGGUGGGCCAGGAGUUAGGGUCCCAGGUGUUGGGAUCCCAGGUGUCGGCGGAGUCCCAGGUGUUGGGAUCCCAGGUGUCGGCGGAGUCCCAGGUGUUGGAGUCCCAGGUGUUGGAGUCCCAGGCAUUGGGGUCCCAGGUGUUGGGGUCCCAGGGGCCGUGUCACCUGCUGCUGCUGCCAAAGCAGCCGCCAAAGCAGCCAAAUAUGGGGCCAGAGCUGGAGUGGGCGUUGGAGGCAUCCCCACGUACGGGGUUGGUGCUGGGGGCUUUCCUGGCUAUGGUGUUGGAGCAGGCCUUGGAGGUGUCCCUGGAGCUGGCCUUGGAGGUGUCCCCGGAGCUGGCCUUGGAGGUGUCCCCGGAGCUGGCCUUGGAGGUGUCCCUGGUGCUGGCCUUGGAGGUGUCCCCGGAGCUGGCCUUUCCCCUGCAGCCCAAGCAGCCGCUGCGGCUAAAGCUGCCAAGUACGGUGCUGGAGGAGCUGGAGCCCUGGGAGGGCUGGUGCCAGGUGCAGUGCCAGGUGCAGUGCCAGGUUUAGUGCCAGGUGUGCCAGGAGCCGCAGGGGUGCCAGGAGUCGGGACCCCUGCAGCUGCAGCCGCCAAAGCUGCCGCCAAAGCUGCCCAGUUUGGAUUGGGCCCUGGAGUCGGCGGAGUUCCUGGUGGAGUUGGGGUUCCUGGUGGAGUUGGGGUUCCUGGUGGCAUUGGAGUUCCUGGUGGUGUCGGGGUUCCUGGUGGCGUCGGGGUUCCUGGUGGCGUUGGGGUUCCUGGUGGCAUUAUUCCCGGUGGUAUCGCAGGACCCGCUGCUGCCAAAUCCGCUGCUAAAGCUGCCGCCAAAGCUCAGUACCAGGCAGCUGCUGGGCUGGGUGCCGGGGUUCCCGGAUUAGGAGCUGGUGCCGGGGUUCCUGGAUUUGGAGCUGGUGCCGGGGUUCCUGGAUUUGGAGCUGGUGCCGGGGUUCCUGGAUUUGGAGCUGGUGCCGGGGUUAGACAGAAACUGCCCUCCCUGAGCUCAAAGGCAGGAGACCCCUCCUCCUCCCAGCACAGCUCCCCCUGGCACCCAGAGGUGCACAUGCCUGGAUCUCUGGCCGCUGCCAAAGCUGCCAAAUAUGGAGCAGGGGGCGCUGGGGCCCUGGGAGGCGUCGGGGGUCUCGGUGGAGUAGGAGUCCCAGGUGGCGUGGCAGGGGCCGGACCUGCCGCCUCUGCUGCUGCUGCCAAGGCUGCUGCCAAAGCCGCCCAGUACGGCCUCGGGGUCGGUGGGCUCGGAGCCGGAGGACUGGGGGUCGGUGGGCUCGGGGCCGGAGGAGCCGUCCCCGGCGUUGGCUUUGGAGGUGUGUCCCCAGCUGAAGCUGCUAAAGCAGCCAAAUAUGGUGCUGCUGGCCUUGGAGGUGUCCUAGGAGCCACCAGGCCAUUCCCAGGUGGAGGAGUGGCAGCGAGACCUGGCUUCGGAUUGUCUCCCAUUUUCCCAGGUGGGGCCUGCCUGGGGAAAUCCUGUGGCCGGAAGAGAAAGUGAGCUUCCCAGGACCCCUGACUCGCGACCUCAUCAACGUUGGUGCUACUGCUUGGUGGAGAAUGUAAACCCUCUGUGAUCCCACCCCAAGCCCCACUCAAUGCCCACCCGGGAGGGGACGGUAGGCCGGCGGCCUUGGAAAUCCACAGAACAAGGAAUCAAGAGCAGUGGCCACGUGCCCCGACUGGGAGGCCACCAGCUCCAGAGGCCAGGGCCGGUGGGCUCAGCCCCAGCCCCACCCCUCCUCCUGGGAGCUCCCCCCACACAGUCUCCAUCUCCAGGGGAAAUUGGUGCUACUUGUUGGUGCUUUUGUCUUCCUGGGGGGAGGGAGGAGGGUAGGGCAGCCCCUGGGGGACCCCCACCUGGGCUCCUCUGAAGAUGGUGCAGAUGCUUCCUGGGCAGUCCCACCUCCCCCUGCCCACCAGGAGCCACCCCCGGCUGCGGUCCAGCUGGUACCCAAGCACCUGAAGCCUCAAAGCUGGAUUCGGUCACAAGAUCCCUCCUCUCCUUGGGUCCGCUCAGCCCUUUCCCCCCCAUCAAUGGCUGUUCCCCACAACUGGGGCACCUUUGGAGUCAGAAGAACCCCCACUCACACUGGGAAUAGCCCCCUUGCUCUUGUGGAAUCCAUGUGUCCGUCCAUCCACCCAACCGUCCAUCUGUUCAUUCUUGUCCCCAGUUGACCGCCUGGUGCCACUAGCUGGCUGGGCAUGCCCACACCCACCUGGGUAACCUCCCAUGGCAGCCUCCGCCCCUGCCACACACCCCCGACGCUGGCCCAGGGUGUGAGGGCUGUGUGGGCUGGGGCGACAGGACUCUCGUCCCCGGCCUGGGUCCCCCCACAUGCAGUACUGUAUCCCCC